UUACAAAUUGCUUGAAUAGUUUUCUUCCCGAGACAGUUCAUCACACCAGCUGUGGCUGAGGAUAGCUUGCAGUUUGGUUCUAGGGGGAAACGGGAGGGUCUGCACGCUAAGAAUCUGGGGUCGAAGCUACGUAAUGCAAUCCAGCAAUGUCUGAGUGGAGCCAGGAAAACGACGAUUGCGCAUCAAGCAACCGCGAAGAUUUCACCGGCAAUGUUCUCUUCAGCAUGAGUCCGCAAGCCGUUCCCGCCGCACCUUCUACGCCUUUAACCAGGAAGUCUCGAAAGAUCUCGAGGCGCAGCUUUCGAAAUGCGACAUUCAUAAUUCCGAGCACGCGAGAGCGUGUGAGACGCCAGUUUACCCUUCGGAACUCUGCGAAUUUUGAUGGACGGCUGGAUACGGAUCAAACGGCACCCCUAUUGCCAUUCCACAGGCGCAUAUCUAGGGGGAAUUUUAUGAGGGCCUUCGAAUGCAUGAAAGCCUCUACCAAAGACCUAUGGACAUGGCUCCAGACGAGACCAGGGAGGGGAGUGAUCAAAUGCUCGAUAGCAUAUGUGAUGGCGUGUAUGGCAACGUUUGUGCCGCUUUUGUACAACUUCUUGGGUCGUGGAGAUGGGAAGCAUUUGGUUGCGACUAUCGUGGUGUAUUUCCACCCGGCGCGCUCAGCAGGGUCCAUGAUUGAGGCAGUCAUGCUCGGGACUAUUGCAUUCCUAUAUGCCGUUUUUAUAUCCGUGGCAUCAAUGGCGGUAUCGGUGCUCUGCGAGACACAAUUCGAGCUCAUAGAGCUGGGCUACACCCUCGUGCUCAUCAUCUUUGUCGGAGGCGGCCUUGGGCUGGUUGGGUGGACAAAACAGAGAAUGGGAUCGCCUUUGGUUGGUGUAGCUUGCAGUCUGGCGAGUUUGGCCAUUAUAACGGUUAUAACAAAGGAGAACGCGGUUCAGACUGGGGUUUUCUCUGACGACAAGAUUACACAGGUCAUGAAAAUGCUGAUUAUGGCGAUGACCAUAACGACUAUUGUUAAUUUGGUAUUUUGGCCUAUUUCUGCAAGACAAGACCUCCGGCAGAGUAUGAUUGAUACUACAUUCGCAAUUUCUGCCCUACUCACAACAAUCACCAGGAGUUUCCUGCAAGGAUCUGAUGAUGAACUGAAGUCGGCGUCAUUUCGAGCUGCUACGAAACGGUAUACUUCGGAGUUUACGAUGUUGUCGAAGAACCUAAGGGAGGCAAAGGCCGAACAUUACUUCCUGGGAACGGAGGAUCAGUAUCGCGUCGAAAGGAAGAUCGUGAACUGCAUGGAGAGACUGGCCCAAGAUAUCGGUGGACUUCGAAGUGCUGCCACGACCCAGUUCACUCUUCUCCAAGAAACGUUCCCCAAUGGCAAUACUGGGAUUAUGAGCCCCAAGAAGCCUCACGGGAUGGCCAGCUACGGCACCAUAACGGGGACUACGAGAGCGAAGCUGGAGCGAUUCAAUUCUUUAACGGCCAUUGAAGAAGCUGCGGAAGAGGAUAGCGGGGGAGAAGAGUCCUUGUCGCGACCUAGCUUUGAAAGAACUGGCACUAUGGACUCGGACGCUACCAAUUUGAUGACCAUUCGUACACCAAGUGAUAUCUUUGCACGGUUUUUGAGGCACCUGGGACCUUCAAUGAAGUCAUUAGUGUUUACGAUGCAGCAGAUCCUUGACGAGUUGCCAUUUGGUGCUGGGCCGGAGUUCAAGAUUGUUAUCAAUGAAAACUUUCUGCUUAGUCUUAGCGACGCAUUGGAUAUGUAUAGAAAAGCUCGCGAAGAGGCGUUGGCACAGUUGUACAGAGCUAAAGAUCCUGAGAGGGAGAAGAGCGUCGAGGCAGAUUUUGAGGAGGUGGCGGCCAGUUGUGGCCAUUACAGUUUUUGUCUCCAGGAUUUUGCCGAGGGAAUCCAGAAGUAUCUAGAAGUCCUUGAAGAGCUCAAGGAAGAAUUACAAGGGCCGCAGAAAAGGUCUUGGAAUUGGCUGAUGUUUUGGUCGUGGAGAAAAGAGGAACGAGAUACAGAAUCUGAUAUCGCCCAGAACAGCAACGACAUUUUCUAUACAAAAAAAAUCAAAAAGGCAAACUUAGCAAUACCAAAGGUGCGUCGGAUUCCGAAACGAUCGCUCUCGCGCCGGUUAUACCAAGCCGCUGCCUUCCUUGAACGUGAAGAUAUCCGCUAUGCAAUUAAAGUUGGAGUCGGUGCCGCCUUAUGGGCCAUGUUCGCCUUCAUUCCGGCCACACGACCUUUCUAUGGGUUCUGGCGUGGCGAAUGGGGCCUUCUGUCAUACAUGCUGGUGUGCUCUAUUACAACCGGUACCUCAAAUACAACUGCCCUCGCGCGUACUAGUGGAACUUUGAUUGGUGCCGCCAUUGCUAUAAUCAUUUGGGUUAUGUGCCAAGGCAACCCCUAUACUCUGGGAUUUUGCGGGUGGCUUGUCUGCCUCGGCGGCUUCUACAUUAUUGUAGUUGAAGGUAGAGGGCCCUUUGGACGCUUUAUCCUGCUCACCUACAACCUUUCUGCGCUUUAUGCAUACUCUCUCAGCAUCCGCCAGGGAGAAGACGACGACGACGAGGGCGGCGUAAACCCAAUCAUCGCGGAGAUCGCGCUCCAUCGUGUCGCCUCAGUCGCGUGCGGCUGUCUUUGGGGUCUAUUUAUCGUCCGUGUCAUCUGGCCCUACUCAGCGCGUUCUCACUUCAAAGAGGGCCUAUCAAUACUCUGGCUGCGCAUGGGUCUAAUCUGGAAGCGCGACCCACUGUCCCCAAUCCUCUCUUCAGACAUCCAGGCCAAUUACAUGAACCUGACUGAUGAGUUUGCCCUGCAAGCGCAGUUGAAGCACCUAGACUCGUUGCGGUUGUCAGCGAAGGGUGAAUUCGAACUCCGCGGCCCGUUCAAGUCGGCGCCGUUUGCGCGGAUUAUGGAGAGCACGAGGAGGAUGCUUGAGGCUUUCCACUCGAUGAAUGCGGUGAUUGCGCAGAACCUCGUUGCGUCACCGGGGGAGAUCGCGCUGCUGCGAUUUACAGUCGAGGAAAGGAAGGAGCUGUGUGGGCGGAUUUGCCAUCUCUUUCAGGUGAUGGCGAGUAGUUUGAUGUUGGAAUAUCCUGUCGCAGUUAAUGAUGUUAUGCCUAGCAUGAGAAGUCCGAGAGAUAGACUCCUGAGCCGGAUUUAUAAGUUUAGAAGUUGUGAGGUUGGGGUUGGGGCGAUAAAGGAUUCGGAGGAAGACCGGAAUGCUGAAGGUGUGAUAGAGGGGGGCUGUGAGAGUGAGGAGUGGAUGGCUGUGGCGAAGGAUGAGGAUUACGCCUUGCUAUAUGCCUAUGCUCUUGUGACGGGCCAACUGGCAGAGGAGAUCGAGAAGGUAGAGAAGGAGAUUGAGAGCUUGUUUGGCGUUCUAGACGAAAGUCGGUGGUAACCACGGCGCUGGUUUACUGGCUGGGCGGAUAGCUAUGGUACUGGCUCGUGUCUGGAUAGGUAAUAAUAGAUGGCCGAGAAUUUAAGCCCGUAAACGGAUUAUAGAUUUAUUAUGU